AUGCCCGGAGUUCCCUCCAACAAAGCUUGCGAGCGAUGCAAGAAAAGGCAUCUGAAGUGUGAUGAAACUCGCCCGCAUUGUGAAAGAUGUGAAGCCGCUGGCGUGAAAUGCCCUGGGUAUGUUCAGACUCGAAAGUUCAUCGAUCAAGGAGCAUCAGUACGCCGCCGCUAUGCUCCUUAUCAAGAAAGGCACGCGAAUUUCGGCGAAAGCUCUGAAGGUCACAAAAAUCAAACUCAACACGUAAAUGUCCCAUCGGAUCCUCAUGCUAGGCCAUUGGGAGGUCCUCCGGACACAGAGAUGACCCAGCCGGGCUUGAGUUCUCAGAGAGACGAAGCCAGGACGAUUCCAGGCCAUACCUCCCAAACGGCUCAAGUCGGCCCCUCGCUCCAUGCUGAACUGGGUGCUUUACAGGGUCAAUUCCAGAUCCUUAAUGAUAUAAGUGCUUUUCCAGCUUCUCAUCUCAAUCAAUCCACCACCGGUGGCGCUUCUCAAAGUCCAAUUAUGGACUCGAUAUCGCCAAAUGCUUCAACGGGGCGCACCCCGGCUUCUGAAUCCACAUACAACAAGGCCUCUGUUGGUCAAUCACAACAUGAAAGAUAUUUGUCAUCAGAAAGUGUCGCGCAGCGGAGCGAGAAGGACGAAUUCCAAGACAUCUUCUCGGAACUAACGACGGGCUCAGAGCACGAACUCGCAUUCCUAUCUCGUCAUUUCGUAGAGAUAAUCGCCCCUUGGUUGGAUCUCUCUGAUUCAACAAAGUUUUUCUCCGUCUACGUGCCAAUAAGAGCCAUUAACUCCCCCUCGCUGAAGUAUGCCAUUGCCGCAUUGGCUGCGAAACAAUUAGGCCGCGUGAAAGGAAAUAAACUAACGGCUGGAGGGGGCAUGUUCACUAGCUCAGCUACGACUGAGAUGUAUCCAAAUGCUGCGGAGACUGACUGGUUCCUGAAAGCUGCUAACUACCAUUAUAUGGCGGCUUCAGACAUGAAUAACUCCUCUUCUUUUGGGUACAGCGCACACAGCUCAGCAGUCUUGGAAUCGCCUAUCGAGAUGGUCAGCCGAUGGCUAAAAGUGUCCGUUUCGCAAGGAGGCGCACAAGAUCCCUCCAAUAACAACUUUCUUCGGAAGACCGAGGAUAUGUUGGCAACAGCAGCUUUAUUGAUAUUUUAUAAACUUCUUGAUGCAGAUGGUGAUCAAUGGUCCACGCACCUAACUGGUAUUCGCGGUGUCUUUGAGACUCUAAUGAGUACAGAUCAAUUGAACUUGACAGUCUUCACCCACGGCAUUCGUGCUUGUUUUUGGAACUUUGCUCGUCAAGACUAUCUUGGCUCUUAUUUCACUCGAUGUCCGACUCAUUUUGACCCGGCAAAUCUCUCCGUGUGGCGUGCUGCGGGAAUUUCCAUCGAUGAAAACGAAAAGUUCCAGAUCAGCUUAUAUGGCUCAAUCAAUCUCUCCCAAGAAGACCAGGCAGCGAACGGCCUCUGCUGGCUGGUCUGCAAAGUCAUCAACUUUCUAGCAGAAUCAAAACAGUCGCAGAUUGCACAGUGGACUGGAUCGCCAUCUAAUAGACCAAUCGGAAAUCAGGAAUCCGCAGGAAGUGCUGAUCAGAGCGCGAAUACUUGGCUUGAUCUUUCCUUUGAGUUUCAAACUUGGUUCGAGCGUGUACCCGAGACUUUUCGUCCGUGUGUGCGAAUCGAUCACCCCAGAGACUUCUCACGUCCAUCUGAAAAUAUCAGGCUGCCCUUCCCUGAGGUCUUCUACAGUCUUUCUACCUGUGCUGCCACUAUGCAGCAUUACCAUUUCGGUCGAAUCGCCCUGUUGAUAAACCAGCCUGCAGACGUUGUUAGUGCACCUAGUACUGCAUUUGAUCGCUUGCAGGGCUAUCGAGAGGUCACCAAAAAAGUUGAAUAUCGCGCCCGUGAAGCUUGCGGCAUUGCGUUGGGACGCCCACAGGGUGAUGUACGGGUUCACAUGGUUCCGGUACUGUUUGCGCUUGGACAGUGUCUCGAGGGUGCUGACGAGCAUCAAAUAAUUAUCAAUCUCCUCCAGGGAGUUGAGGCCGAUCUUGGCUGGGCUACGGAAUACGCUGUUACAAAGUUGGAAGCGUCCUGGAAUCGAUGA